UCUGAUGACGCACUUUGCCCCACAAGGAGACCCGCCUUAGCAGUGUGUAUUUUAGUUUCGCAACGUAACAAGAAUCCGAACAUAUUUUCUCCGUUUUGUGGACAAUUUUAGACGGAUUUUGACCGGAAUCGAGCCCUAGGAACUCCUGAAGCCAUCCUUGUAGAGUAGAACCGCAAGAAAAGCUGAAAGAAGUGCCCUGCAGUCUACAUAUUGAGCGAACCCUAACCAGUGAAAAACCAUGUAACAAAAACAGUACAACCUGACCUACCUGUCAAUCAUGUUGUUACCAUGGCAACACGGGUACCCGCGGGACGGCAUCAUGGUGCACUUCCACCACGGGAACCACUCGGACCCGUACAAGCCCAUCGGGAACGACAGCCUGGACGUGGCGUGUAAGGGAUGUUUCGAGCGGUUUGACACGACUGCGUGCGUCCGUAGCGGUCUCAUGACCCUGUUCGUGACGGUGACUGGGCUACUGUGUGCUGCCAAGUUAUGUCGCCUUCAUCAGAAGAACCAGAGAACAGUACAUCAGUACAUCAUAUUCUACACAGCUCUGGUGGAGUGUGUCUUAUGUGCAAUCCAUUGGAUCUAUGCCCAGUACACUCAGAUAGAGUUUGGGCUGCAGUACCUGAAACUGAUCCAGUUCUUGGUGGUCUGCCAUGUGUACUGUUGUCUCGCUGCAAGGGUUACCAGAAGAGAACAACUAUCCUCAAGAGUUGUAGGUCCCCUGUUUGUGCUGGCCUUUAUCUACUUCACAGUUAUUGCAGUCAUGGGGAUGCUGGAUGCCAGGUCCUCAUGGGUGGACUGUAGAGAACCAGAAUGGAUCCUGCUGUCCUCUAUGGAGUUCCUCCUGGUGCAGUUGUUUCUCAUCUCAGGGAUUUACAUCACAAAAAAACUCAACAAGAUCAGCACACAGGCCGAGACCAGGAGACAGCAGAAACGCGACCUCUGGGGGUUGAUUGGUGUUUUUGAGCUGUCUGCUACCAUCACACUGAUUUAUGAUAUCAACAUGUUGAUAUGGGCAGAUGAAGACAACGGUUGCAGCGGUGUCUUUCUGCAUGCCCAGUGGUUCUACUCCCUGAUCUAUGCCCUGUUGGAGCUGUUGAAGUUCAUGCUGCCCAUCUGGACCAUGCUGUGUGUGUUCCACCCUGUGGAGGCAGCGUCUACCGACUUCGACUCAAGCUGGGCUGAGGAUGGGACAUACACAUCAGUGUUCAGCCCCCAGCGUGGAAACCGUUACCGUCGACUGCAGAAUCCCACCAUGGCCAGCAGUCCCGCAACCCUGCACAACAGUCGCUCCUUCCCUGUCCUGCCUCCCAUACAUGAGGAGGAGACCAGCCCGCUUCCUUCUGUGUAGCAACCUUGCAGGGUUCUGAAUAUUAUCUGUGUUGGUAGUUACAUACAUGUUUAGAGUUAAAAG